GUCGAUCGUCGCUCGCCGGAAUCCACAGGUAUCUCCGCAGUUGUGGAGGGUCGAUAGUGUUCGUGCAACGAACGACCGGAUCGGACAGCCAUCAUCGGGAAUCGAUCGAGAUCGCUCGAAAGAUAUUGCGUUUUCGAAAUAUUCUGACGGUUCGUGAGGAUCUCAUCGUGUGACGUUGCAUGUUGCACCGGUCACGAGAUUGUGAGGAGAGCGAGACAAGAGCACGAAGGCUGUACGGCGAAAUUCGGCCGGAAAGUCGACAGGCUUCGAGAUCGAGUACACACGAGAAAGAGAGAGAGAGAGGGGGGGAGAGAGAGAGAGCUAAACGGUGAUCGAUCGGGGGAUAAUCGCUCAUUUUCGUCGCCCAGUGACAAUCCUUAUGGACCAGCGCGCGAGAUGUGCACGCGUUUCGUCAGCGCGGCUCGCUUUUAGCUGUUGCAGAGCCAAAUUUUGGCCAGAAAAUUCAACGUCGAUCGACGGGGCAGCGACGCGGCGAAAUUAGCCGGAAGUGCCGGCGGAUCGGAUUAACGUAGUUGCUGUUGUGUUGUUACUAAUAGUGGAUUCCGUUACGCCUGUUAAUGGCUGCUGAUCCAACUGGGGACUCGAACAGUGAUAGUGAAUCAAUUGCAAAAAAAAGCAAAGGUUAAAUUGAAGGGAUAAGCCGCAGAGUUUGGGGAAAGUUGGUUCGGGGUCGGCGCGGACAACUGAUGAGAGAAGUUCAGAGAAGAGUGGAAGUUUGCGAGGAAGAUUGAGGAACGAUCGCGAGGAAGCAUAAGUGCCAUUUCCACGGAGAAUUUAAUAAGCUCUCCAAACGCCCACCCCGUAGAUCGGAUACGACGUCGUAGGGGUUUCCGAUCCGCUGUCGCAAAAUAUUUCAGGCGAUCCCUCGGCACUGAAUGGCGCGGCUUAAAACGGCUUCCCAUGUGUAUCGCCGUAAUCGUGCGGCGCGGGUAAUCGAAACGACAGUAGACUGAAAAGCUCGAAAGCUUUUUCCCUCGUGGUCGCAUCUCUCUCUUUCUCUUUUUUCCCUCCAUUUUCCUCGCUUCUCUCUCUCUCUCUCUCUUUAUCUCCCCUCCCCCUCUCUAUCUCUCUCAUCGGUUCAAUUUUAACCAUGGCAAACACGCGACACUAGGAGCGCUUCGCCAUGUACGCGUGACAUCAUGUCGACUUCUGUGCGUGACACAUCGUCCACCCGUGGCCACGUCGAAAGUGACGGUGCACCCCUCGGCGCGUCGAGGAGUGUCAACGGUACGAGACUCCGACCUGCCGGUCCACGGCCAACGCGGAUGCAGGAUCACAUAGACCGCGUCCCCGCGACGUCGCGACUCCAUGGAUCGAUCACGCGGAAGACUCGUCGUGAUCUGGAAAUGUCCCGUCGCGGAUAAUCGUCGAUCGUCGAGCGACGUUGCUGCCGGGAUGGACGAAAUCCUGGAGGAAGGAUUCAACUGAUACGCGUCUAAGCCGGGGAUCCUGGAAAACUGUGCGACCGGCCAAAAGGCCGACUAGAAACAGUACCUCUUCUUGCUCGCAAAGAGGAUCAAGAAGCCUUAUCGUACUUGCUACCUAGACAAAGAAAAAGAACCAGACAAGAGAAAAGAGACGCGACGGGGUGGAAAGAAGAGAGGAAAGGGGAAUAGAAGAAGGCAGACAACCUAAAACAUAGCUGGAAAGAUAAGUGACCUGAAGAUGUUGGGCGUAGGCAGAAAGAUGGAAUCCCGGGCGAGACGUUCGAAAAUCUCGUGAUUGGUAUCAGCGCCUGGCCGAAGGGAUAAGGUCGAUCGCGGAGAUCGACCGUGAUGGAGACGAGAACGAAUAACUCGUUCGUCAGGUCCAUCCUUCGGAAUGUCUCGCUGACCCGUGAGCAUCGGCACUUGGACGAACCACCCGGAGGACAGGUGGCCACAAACGCCAUCGAUGUUGUCACCACGACCGUGCAGGAGGAGAAGAUGGCGGACUUUCUGGGCGAUGCCCUCGCGAGGAACGACAGCGACGUCGAUGGCGGCGAGUCUGGAUGGUUCAACGACUCGUCGACGGCCGCCGUCUCGACCCUGUCCGUCUCGUCGUCCUUCGACGAAUUCACGUCGUUGUACUCCACCCCGAGCGUCGACAACUACACCGGCAGCGUGUCCGAUCUCUUCGCCUUCGACGACCUGAGCGACUACAUCAACCGACUGAACUACAGCGUCCUCGUGAACCUGACGGCCUACUACGACGGCGGCGCGGGUCUGAAUCUCAGCAGCGUCAAUUGCACGUCGUCGAUAGUCGCCGGGGGUGCCGUUAGACCGGGCGAGUGCGCUGGAACCGCCGGCGUCGACGAGAAGUCUAACGCGAACAGCUGGUGGGCCCUGAUACUUGUGAUCGUGCCGUGUUUGACGCUCUUCGGUAAUGUGCUCGUCAUCCUAGCGGUGGUGAAAGAACGAACGCUGCAGACUGUCACUAACUACUUCAUCGUCAGUUUGGCGGUCGCCGAUCUUCUCGUGGCGGUGCUCGUUAUGCCGUUCGCGGUCUACGUGCUGGUGAACGGAUCCUGGAGUUUACCCGGGUUUGUUUGUGAUUUUUAUAUCGCAAUGGAUGUGACUUGCAGCACCAGCUCUAUAUUCAAUCUCGUGGCUAUUUCAAUAGACAGAUACAUAGCGGUGACCCAGCCGAUAAAGUACGCGAAGCACAAGAACAAUAGAAGAGUAUGGUUGACGAUACUGUUGGUCUGGGCGAUAUCGGCCGCGAUCGGCAGCCCGAUUGUCCUAGGCUUGAAUAACACUCCGGACCGGAUCCCGGACGCAUGUCUGUUCUACAAUACGGAUUUCAUCAUCUACUCGAGCCUGUCCAGCUUCUACAUACCCUGCAUCAUCAUGGUAUUCCUUUACUACAAUAUAUUCAAGGCUCUACGAAACAGAGCGAAAAGGGCUCGUGCUAGCAAAAAACCGAAUUUAGGCGAUAUAAAACCGGGAAGUAUCAUCGAGAAUAUCGCACACACGCGUAGUGGGUAUUCUGUGGCAAGGUUCGCGGAAACGGCGCUGGGGGCGGCCGCCCUGGUGGCACCUGGGAUCGAGGAACCGACGAACACCGCUUCCGGCAGCAACGAGGACGAGGAUGAGACGCCCCUCGAUCCCGUCGUCGUCAUCUCCAAUGACAAGAGCACGGAAUUCUUUUUAGCUACGGUCGUCGAAGAAGCAGCUUGUCGUUUCAGUGCGGUGGCGCAAGCUCAGCUGACCGGAGCACCGCGCGUGCAGCUGAACGACUCCAGCGGGUACGACGGUGCGGCGAGCAGCACGAUGAUCCACGAGCCUCUCGAGACGAAUUCAAGUCCGAGCCCGAAUCCGCGGAUCACGUCCGGCCCGCCGUCCUCGUCGACCUCGUCGUCGCCUCCGCCGACGCGAGGCGCUACCAGCGUGUCCUCGUCGACGCAAACGAAGAGGAACGGUAACAAUGGUGGCGCGAACAAGCAGGAGCUGAAGCGGUUGAAGAGCGCCGGCUCGCUCCUGCCGCUGCAGCUCGCGAGGACGCCCAGCGUGCUGUCGUCCACCUGUAAGAAGGACCGAAAGAACGCGUCGGCGUCAAGGUUCACAAUAUACAAGGCCAACAAAGCCAGUAAAAAAAAGAGAGAGAAGAGCUCGGCGAAAAAGGAGCGCAAGGCCACGAAGACUCUGGCGAUCGUGUUAGGUGUCUUUCUAAUAUGCUGGGUGCCCUUCUUCACUUGUAACAUCAUGGAUGCAAUCUGCACGAAGCUGACGAAGGCUUGUCAGCCUGGCGUUACAGCCUUCAUCGUCACUUCCUGGUUGGGCUACAUGAACAGCUUCGUAAAUCCCGUAAUAUACACUGUGUUCAACCCCGAAUUCCGUAAGGCCUUCCGCAAGCUGAUCAGCAUAUAAGCGAGCGAUUUCAUCCGCUCUCACCGCUGAAGAAGAGACACGGGACAGCAAACGUAACUCGGUGUGAAUCGUCGUAUUUGUGAUGUAACAACGAGACUAUAGGCUCUCGGCAAGCUCGCAACAGGUACUGUUGUUCUUGUAUUUGGAACCUCAGCAGCUGCGUUUGCCUAUCGGUUUUCGCGUUCCGUUACGUGUCAAUCCAAGCGAAUGAGAAAAGCUGAGUCUCACGAGACACUUCCCCCUUUUCUAACUCACUAGGAAAUACGGCCUGCGACGCGGAAAAAAGUCAAGGCAUUAUUUCCUAUGAACGUCAUAUAUACGAGCGAUGCGUUCCAUGAAAAUAAUUUAUGAAGAUUACGAAAGAGUAAUUAGAAUAAUGGAAAUAAUAUCUCUAAUUUAAUGAAAUUUUUUGCGCGUGUGUACGUACGCUGUAAAAUAUUUAAAUAUCAAUUACGAUAUUACAUAUUCGAGUUUGCUUCAGUUUAGAACUGUGUUUCGAGAUCGAGAAAUAAUCAGCGUGCAAUUAUGCACGAACUGGAAAUUGUAAAAAUUCACACAAAUAUUACAUUGUUAGGCACCAAGAACCGCCUCGAAAAAAUGGCGUUCUUCUUCGCUUAAUUGUGUUAUAAAGUAUUAAUAUUUCUUUUUCCUCAAAUUCAUUACAUUUAAGACGGAUAAAUGUACAAUACUCUUGAAGAUGUUACUCAUUGAUUAUUACAUAUCUAUGAGGGAAAAUGAAGAAGAUAUUUCUUCACUUGGAUAAAAUUGACACGCGAUUAGACAGCGAAAAUUGUUUGCUGAUAAAUUCGUUGUUACCGCCGCCAACGAAUUCAUCGCGUCCACGUGCGUGAAAAUGCGUGCACUGUGAUAUCGGACUAUCGUGGCGUGACGCGCUACGUCACGGAGGACACGCACGUGCGCCUGGAGUACACGUGCACGAACGUUGAAGUUGAAUUCUCGCACGAGUAGCUCAAGUAAUUACUAAGUAAGGCUUUGCGAAGCAAAAGCAAAUACACCGCGUCGAUCGACUGUGCGGUAUCGCGCAAAUUAGCAGGAAAUUUAGGUAAUCUGUACAAAUCACAUGCGGCAAGCGUUUACAGCGCCCAAAGGACUCGUUAGUGACAGACUAGCUCUGUGUCGGGGUGUAAUAAUCGCGCGUUCGUAAGCACGGCUACACCCUUGGAAGAUAAUUUAAGUUUCGCGAUAGAAAGAGGGCAGGUAAUGAGAUCCACGAGGGUGGAAGAGAGAAGGGGGGGGGGGAGAAGAGAGAAAGAGCGCGGAGAGUUAAAGUUGUUAGAGGUGUAUUUAUUAUGCGAGCAUAUAUUACACAUUAUACGUCUCCAUCUGGAUAAUUAAGUACGCCAUGACAGUAUUAACGUAGAACGUAAGUUAUAGCAAUAUUUUUUCGCUCAAAGCAAAAGCAACCGAGACCGCCGUUUGUACGACGAUACAUAGAAACACGCUAUACAUACACGCGUGUCGCAGUGUAAUUGUAUGUAUUUAUACUUCGGUGCAAUAGAAAACUUGAGAAAGAAAGGACGAAGAAAGAGAGAAAGAGUGCGAACGCGUGCGUGUGUGUGAGAGUGAGUGAACGAGAGAGAAAUUAUGAGAGAAAAAGAGAAAAAGAUAUAUAUUACCUAUAAAUAUAUUACAUAAAUAAAUUUACGUCCUUUCACGAUAUACAGGGUGACACCAAGUACGGGGCAGAAGCUUUAGGGCUACAUGGAAGAAGAUUAACUUUUGGGAACAGUGUACCUUGGAUACGCUAGCUUGAACGCUCUUUAAUAAGUUACUCAUGUUAUCAAAUCGGAGAAUGUAAUUAUUUCUGAAUUAGUUAAGAUACCUGUUAAAACCAGUACGUCGAGAAUAAGAUAUUUUUCUGAACGCGAAAGUAUUUAUGAGAGGAGUAAUUGAUUGAAGCUUUCGGGAUCGUAACCUUUAUUUUUGUGUGUGAAAACGGUGCGCUUGUUUUUCGAGAAUGAAAUUCGUUAUUAAAUCGCCUUUCGAGAGAGGAAAAGCUUUUGAUAUUUUGAAAAAUUAAAACGCUUAGUCUCUCGAUAUUUACAUAUCGAGUUUCUCAGGGUUUCUCAGUUUAGCGCUCUCAUCACCUUCCAUCGUGAUCUAUCAUUACAGUAAUCUGUUCAGUCUACAUACUUGUACUCCGUUGAAGGCAUUGAACGGUCAUUAACUUGCAACACGUGCUUUUUUAACGAUGUAACAAUUAAACGCUUCGUGGAGAUGGAUAGUGAUUGAAUUACAAUCAAACUACAGCAGCACAAAUUUCUUAAAAUCAAAUCGUAUAAGCAAACGUAUAUUUUACAAGAUACAUGCAAAUGUUUGUGAUAAGGUGCAGGCAACUUAAAUUUAUAUGAAGUACUUAAAAAAAUAAAAAGAGUGGCAAUGAGAAUUUGACACGAUAAGUGCGCAAAUCAAUAAUCAAUUAAUUAAAAGUUAAAUUUGAUAAACGAUCAAAUUUUUAUUUCAUUUUAUUAAUUUUAAUCAAUUAAUAAAUUGAAACAAUAAAAUUUUGAUUAAUUAACGGAAUGUUUACGCAUUGAAUAUUCUCGUGAAUUACGGAUGUUAGGUUUUUCUGAUGAAUUGCGAAGAGUCACGUUAUUCAGCUGUAAAGUAUUUAUGCAACGGAUACGUGAACAAUAAACGGAGCGUGAACGUGCAAGGAUUGAGAACUCCUGAUAUACAUUAUUUUACGAUUUUGCCAUGACGCGUACACACACGUGCAGGUUUAACUUGCGAGCAUCGUACAAGCUCGAUCGAACGGCGAAAUUCCGGAACUUGUUUCAAACCGCUUCGGCGCGCUUUGAUAUGUAGGAUUUGUCGCGAUAUUCCGAUACCAAUGCCACCAGUUACGAAUCGUAUGAAUAAUCAGGUGGACUUGGAACAAUGACGACGGUAUUACACGAAGAUCGGAAACACAAUUCUCGGUUUCACGGCUCGAUCGAACUGCAAAAGCGCAACAUCGGGAUUUACGGGCUCGCGAUGAAUAUAAAUGCAAACUAUCGCGGUACAUCAAUUUUUCCUGAACGCAAAAAUAGACUACGGGUGUGAAGUUAAUGUAUCUUACAAAAGAACUAGGAGAAAUAAAGAUUGAAAAAGUUAAUCUAGUAAAUGAAAAAUUGAAUGAAAUAGAGUAACGCGUGGUAAGAAGUUCGUUAUAGAGUUUCGUGUUACGUUCGGAAGAUUUCUGUUCAGACGGAAGUUGCGCCGAGCUUCUCGCGAUACUGUGUACGUGUUCUAAGUUCCGAUGAUCUCUCACGUCCUCUGUUUCGUGGUCAAGUGUGAAAUUUGCCGUGACCGAAUUUUCAAACAUAUCAAGUACGCGGCGCGAAUGGCCGCCUACGAAUCAACCAAUCGAGCGAAUUAGCUCGGAAUUAUUUUUGUUCUCUUUCCUGAAAUGAUGCGGCUGUGUGUAUACUUCUCAAGACUUUUCCAUUGAGCUGCAAGACGAUGCGAAUCAACGAUCCACUUCCUUCAAAGCUAACAGUGGAGCAUCGCUUAACAGGAUUCUGCUUGGAAGAGGAAGAGCAAAAGUUUCUCUGAAGCACUUUAUUUUUCUCGCUUAGUACCGUUUAACAAUCUAGUGUUAACAAUCUUACAGCGGAAAGGAUUUUUCACGAUUAUGGCACGAGAUGUUAUCGCGUUUCUUGAUGAAAGUACGUAAACUACAUUUAUAUUUCAGAGACAUUCAGUGUUGUCUUGUGGCUAUAUACUAACACUUAAACCAUAAUGAUAUUUAGUAACAGCUUUGAACUUUGUAUGAUACGAUACGCGGGCAUCUUGAUACAAAAGAGUUAUUCCGGUAAGUAUUUUUACCUUUCAUUUGUCUUCAGUAUCUAUCGGAGAAUGACAGGAGUUAAAAUUUAUUCUCCCAAGACACCAUUUAUAUAUUUUAUUUUAUAACAAAAUUGAAAUUUAGAUUUAGCGUAAACUAUUAUAUAUUUCUCCGUGUGUACCGCGUCAGAAAUUAAAUUCGUCAGUUUCAAUUUGGAAGAAAAAGACAAACAUAUCCGCACAUCGGAUCUUAUUAGGAGUGAAACGCAGAGAAAUGGAAGAUACGAUCCGUGUCCUGUGUUUGAUUAACCCGUGCUGAGAGUUUCACGACUUUCUUCGCAAUCACGAAGUUCAUGUUUCAACUAAUAUUUGAUCGACGUAAUGUGAGCAUCUGAAAUCAUGUUUGCCGAAAAUUCAAUAAUUUCCUCGAAUUUUGAAUAUGAGCGAAGUGAUUAGUGCGUGUCUGAGAGAGCAUAUAUAAUAUAGUUAAUCAUUUGGAUAUCCGUUUGUAAACGAUUCAUUUAUAGCAUAUAAAGCGAACAAUGACAUUAAAUAAUAUACAAUUAUAAGCUCGCGCUUAGAGAACGAGGGAUUAAUCAGAUAUGACAGUGUUUCGGAAUUCGUUAAUAUUAUCCAGUUUAAUAUUAACAAAUUUCUGUUGAAGAUAUAGUACUAGAUCAUCAAGAGAAGUGCGAUAGCGUCUCUAUGCCAAGUACAUAAGAUCAAUCAUCCAAACGUGAUUAUGUUCAUCGCAUCAAUGUCGAACGUUAUACUAUUUUCCUUUAUCUGGAAAUUUUACGUUCAAGCAUGCUUUUGAUUACAUUACUUUGGGAAUAAGUUUUUCGAUAAAAAAAAUCUAACGACGCUUUUCUUACGCGAUGUCGAUGUAAGUUCCUGAUUGCAGACACUUCGAACAAAACUGUCGCUAUAUUGAUCCCGAAAUUUCGAGAUCUACAAUCACGAACUACUUGUCUGAACACAUAUUGGAAGUUUAUUUAUAUGCUACAAAUUUACCAAAUAUUAUAACUUUUUAAGGGAAACCUCGAUUAGAAGUGAAAACUUGCCAGUGAUAUAUUUUUAUUAAAAAAAAACAAAAUUUACGUUCAAACUGAAAUAAAAUUAAAUUAAAAGACAUAUUUAAAUAAAAUUUUACCAAUUACUUUAUCUCUAUACCUGCUUUUUCUUACGUCUGCAAGUAUAUGUAAAAGAUGAUAAAACUGUGGCAAAAUAAUAUUAAAUAAACAAAAUAAUCUUAUACAGUCAUGGAACGAAUUAUCUGGACACACAAAAUAUUUAGAGUUUAUUUUAUGUUGCAAAUUAAAAAUAUGCCUAUGAUAGAAAUGCAUCACUGACAAGAGUUUUCAUUUUCAGUCAAAUUUUUCUUGAAAAAUUAUAUUUGAUAAAACUUUUGUAGAAUAAUAAAUAAAUAUCUGUAUUCUUGUGUCCGGAGAAUUAGAUUCGUCACUGUAAGCAAAAAGUAAUAAUUUGUUCCAAGUUUCGCGAUCGCAUGGUAGCGAUUGUCUCCAGUCGGCAUUCGCAAGCUCACAUUUGAAAUGUUAAGAUUUAAUACUGUUAAGAUUUAAGAAACUCUUGGAAUGUUUGGGAGUAGAAGAAUCUUUAUCAAUAAUUUCAUUUUUUGGAAAGAAUGUAGCUUUCAUUUCAACUCCCUUCUGCUCUUGAAAACUCAACAAGACCGUGCAUAUAUUUUUUACUUAGCAUAUCUAUGUACUUUUACUUUAAAGGUUUCUUUGGAAUGUUAGAUGUUUGAGAUGUACGUUCGGUGACGCAUUUUAAAUCAGUCCAGAUGCAAGUUUUUGCACGGUCCAGAGCGUUGCGAGCAAAUCACGAUAUCGUUCGUUUUGAUGUGUGUUAUGUGCGUCCGUGCUGUUGCAAUAAAGUCUACAAUCAAAGCUUUUUACUAGGUUUUUGAAUGUUGUACGACGUAGCUUUAAGCUUGCGAUGUAUAUUUGUAAAUAUUCUACGAGCUCUACACGAACGGAUGCCGUCAGUCCUAUCGUUGCGUAACAGCUUCGCGUUACACGUGGCGCGGUUUACGACGACGAUCCGAUCGAGUUGAUUUAGGUAAAACGCAAUUCGCGUACGUUUCAUACGACGCGUAAAACUCGGACGAGUGUGCGGUCACUUGCGAUAAAUGACACGUGUGCUCGAGCUUGACAACGUCCGGCCGCAGAAUCGAACGACAUUCGUCGUGAUCGGCGAGUUUUUCGCAUGGUUUUCUUUUUUUUUUCUGUUUGCAAAACGAAAAAUUGCUUCGUUAGUUUAAUUCUUCACGUCAUUGUGUCAAAUGAGUUUCGCGAGUCCGGAAUAAUCACGCGACACGGUUACCCUUUUAAUACGCUAACAAUAACGCUCUCUAUUUUCAUUUUAUGUAAUUGGCUACGUAUGUUUCCGUACAGCAUGGAAGACACGUUGCAACAUUGUAUUAAAAAAUUGUAAAAGGAAACUUGAGAUCAUGCUUGUAGCGUCAUUAUUAAAUUUAACGACUAAGUCAACUUGAAAUAUUAUUUCUAGCUUCAGUUUACGAUUGCGUUUUGAGUUCGAUAACCAUGAGCUGCGCGCACUUUGUAGAAUUGAAAAAUGCAUUUUAUAUGAAGGUAUCAUUGAGCACCGAGAUCCGCUUCUAUCGAAAAAUGACAAUUCUCAUUUCUUGCAUUGAAACAUUGCUGCAGUAUUGCAUUGCAAUAUUUCUAAAGACGGACAUUUUAUCAUUGCUGCAAUGUUGCAGCAAUAUUGCGGCAUUUUGCAAUAUUUUUUCCAAUGUUGCAAUCUUGCGAAGAAACAAUUCCAUGCAGUGUUGCUGCAACCUUUCUGCGCUGUAUUGGUCUGUCCCUUCUAUUUAAAGUAAUACGCUCACUAAUGAUAGUCGCUAAUGGAGGUUAAUGAUAAAUUUGUAAAGUCUUCCUGUAAAAUAAUGUUACGAAAACGAAGACUGUCUCGCGCGCGAAUGCAACCUCUUGCAAUCUCACAAAUUUCGCUCCUUAGAAUUCUGCUGUUGCAUGUGUUUUGUCGACUACUUUUCAACUUCCUUCUCUCCGCGAGACAAGGUAACGGCAUUUUGACAAUGCGCAAGACAAUAUCCCUGUUACGAUAACGUUUAAAGUUUCUUGGGGAAGGGGGUGGAGCGGGAACACGAACACGAGAGUACGACUCGGUCGCGGAAUGAAAUACGGUUUGACGCCACGAGCGAAAAGAGACCCGGAGUUAAAGCCGCGGGGCUUUCAAUUCGGGAAUAAAUCUUUUAAUUUAUGUAAACCUCCGAAAGGUAUAAAACCUACUUAAGUCGCACACCAGCCACAAUGAAUCCCGCGCAAGCCGGCUGUGAAGUUUUAAAUCCUUUUCAUAACUCCGCCAGGAAGUUGGUCGACUUUCUCUCUCUCGCUUGUCGACCGAUCAUCUCUCGACUUAUCCCCCGCGGGAGAGCCCCGUCUCUCGUCUUCACCUUCGUAGAUCGCGCCAUGUGCCACUUAACGUUGUAAAGGGUAAAGAGACUUCCGGACGAAGUCGAUCGCUUCUUAAUUAGCGAAGUUCGCACGCUUUGCUUUCCGUGCCGCUGACGAAGCGGCGGAGGACAGGUGAGGGGUGAAAGAUACCAGAGCGAUUCCCCGCGUAAUUCUUGCGUUGUCGCAAUCGAUCUCGAAAGCCACAUUCUCAUCCCCCGUUUUGCAUCGCGUUUAGCGCUAAAGCUAAAGUGGCUUUCCGAUCCCGAAGUCUCACCCUCAGAGGCCAAUUAAUGAAACGAAGACGCGUAUCAGGUGGCUACGUUCAGUGCUAAGUGCAUGGUGAAGAAUACGGGUUCCAGUCUGACGAUCUAGAAGAAUGUGCAAGCGUGAGACCUAACGGUUGCAGGCGAUGUGAAGAGUUAGUCAAAAAUAUAUUCGCGCGAAGAGGGAGAGAUAGAGUGAGAGAGAAAGGUAUAGAAAGAGAAGAGGGAAAACGAGGGUGGUAAGCCUAGUCUUCUGUUAUAGCGUGACACUUUGAGAAAGAUGUUACAAAGUUUCUUAUAAUCCUGAGUAAAAUGGCUGUAUUUUUCUAACCUGAUACUUUCCCCUCUGUACAUAGCUACGCGACACAUGUAUAUGAUAUGUAUCCAUACACACAUAACGAUAUACGAUACGCACGUGGAAGACGAUGUCACAAUUUGCGAGAGCAAGUCAACGUAGAACUGUAUAUCUGUGUAAAUAUAUGUCUAAUUGGGGAAAGCAUGCUUGCGUCUGUUGCAUGCACGUUCGUACACGUGGUAAGGGGAGCACGGUGGAGUUUCUGACGAUUCCCAAUUAGGCGCGAAUUACAGAAACUUCCCGCGAAACGAUCACGCUGGCACGUUGUCUUUUAAGGAUGAAAGUGUUGGGACGAUAUAACGUGUUAAAAAAAAAAAAAAAACAGAGAUAUAUAUAUUAUACAUAGUAUGUUGUACGACGUAACGUACGCGCGUGUUACGCCGAUGCGUGAGAUCGGAUGCUGUGUUUUUCCUAUGGAUUUCUUAUUUAUUAUCACCAAUGGUCUAUACAGGGCAUAGGUUUAAGGAAAGAACCUUUAAUUUGCUGAGAUUUAAGCCGCGCGAAGAAAUAAGAACGUAAAGAGGAAUUAAGAAAAAAAAAAAGAAAAAUGCUGUAUGUAUAUACUGAAGGCAAUACAUAUACAUACUUAAGGGAGCGCGAAAAAAAUACGCGAGGACGACACGUUCACACGCCACAUGAACAUACAUACACACACAGAACAAGACACUUGUUAAAAGUAAUAAAUUAUAGUAUAAAUUAAA